AGCAUCACUAAUCUGUUCAGUGCCCUAAAACUUGUCAGGCUCCUUCGACUCUGGCGAGUGCUGCGCAAGUUAGACCAAUAUCUUGAGUACGUGGCCGCCUUGCUACUCAUCAUGAUAGCCUGCUUCAUUCUGCUAGCGCAUUGGCUCGCCUGCGUCUGGUACAGUGUUGGUAUGCACGACCUUGACUCCCGGGUGUAUCAUGGCUGGAUUUCACAUCUCGUCAAUGACACAAUCGGUCCAGUGGAUUGGCCAAGGGCGGCGAGGCAUGGCCCCCUACGAGAAAGUCUGCCUGGGGAGUCCAUGCUCUACAUAACAGCUCUCUACUUCACGUUGUCCCUCAUUACCAGCAUCGGUUUCGGCAAUGUUGCUGCAAACACGGAAGCCGAGAAAGCUGUUUCAGUAGUCUUCAUGCUUAUUGGAGGUAUCAUGUUGUUUGGCCUCAGCUUAGACAUUUAUCAAACGUCUCUAUUUCUAUGA